AUGUCGAAAUCAAAUCUUAGGAUGUCGUGGUCUGGCGAUUAUUCAUCACUACAGGAGUUCGUUGAAGACAAGUUGUGUUUAGUUGGAAAAUGGUCAUCUAUUGGGGGCGAAAAGAAGCAGUUCGAGGGGGGAAAUAUUGUGAUAAAUUGGUGGAAAAACAAAAAAUAUUUGGCAAUCUCCGGCGAGAAGGCAAGUGAUAUUGUAUGUAGAUUAACAACAUUGUUUACCGACACUUAUAUAUUCGACGAUCAUUGCACUGCCGCAGUUGAUGUUGAGAAUUCGAUUAACAAUAACUGUUCUUGUUUGCGUGUGGAAUCUACUGUUGAAACGGAAUGCAUGAAAAAAAACUGCAAUGUUGUGGAAGCCGCAAAUGCUGCAAUUAACCCAAAUAUGACAAAUAUUGGCGGCCAAAUAUGCCAUUGUAAAUGUAAAGAACUGUCCACGGAUUUUGAGGGUAUAAAACUUGACCUAGUGGUCAAUGAAAGGAUUAUUCUUGAUAACACCUCCCGUAUUAGCAAGGUCGAAGGUUUAUUGGCGAGAUUUCAAACCGAAAACGAAGAAAUGAAACGCCAAUUAAGUAGUUUUGAAGCAAAAAUCACUGAGCCGUUAAAUCAAACAUGCAUACAUCAAACACUCGAGCCUCAUGUUGACCUUGAAAAUAAUACGAGAGCCUCUAGUUCUUUACAAUGUCUGGAUAAUAUGACUGAAUUAAAAGAGGCAGAAAGUUUUGUAAGUGUUGAAAACCCGCUUGAAGAUGCUUCUUUCAGUGGUGAGGGUCUUGGUAAUAAUAGCGUUAUUGUAUGCGAAGUUUUCACUGUUGAUAACAGUGAAAUAUUAUUAAUAGAAACUGAAGAAUUAUCUGUUGGUACAGAUAAUAAGCGUAACAAAGCCCUAGAAAAUUGUUCAUUAUUAAAAAACCUAAGUUAUUUCCAUCGUUCAAAAAGCGGCUUAUAUAGGACAAAGGUCAAAGGCCACGGGGGUCCAUCACAUAAACUACAUACGCAGCAGAGUAAUUUGGUACAGGGUAGAAUAGCUAACAACCAACCCAUUCCAACUCGAAUCACUAGAAGAGAGGAACCGACGAAAGAUCGACAAAAAACUAGUCUGAGGCGGAAAAAAGUAAAAUCUUCAUGUGAGCAGGUUUUUCGUUCAGAAAUCAGAUGGAAAGACAAAACGAAAAGGUUCAGGUUUUAUUACUAG